UGCUGCUGACAGGGCGCUCGGCUGAGGCGGGGCAGCUGCUGCAUGAGCCUUUGCCUUGGGAGUGAGGGAAGAGGCGCCAGCGAAAAUGCCGAAGCCGAUCAAUGUUCGAGUUGUUACUAUGGAUGCAGAGCUGGAGUUUGCCAUCCAGCCAAACACCACAGGCAAACAGCUGUUUGACCAGGUGGUUAAAACAAUAGGGUUGCGUGAAGUGUGGUACUUUGGUCUUCAGUAUGUGGACAACAAAGGAUUCCAGACUUGGCUGAAGCUAGAUAAAAAGGUUUCUGCUCAGGAAAUCAGAAAGGAGAACCCCCUGCAGUUCAGAUUCCGAGCCAAGUUCUUCCCAGAAGACGUGGCUGAAGAGCUCAUUCAGGACAUCACGCAGAAGCUCUUCUUCCUGCAGGUGAAGGAAGGGAUCCUCAGCGAUGAGAUCUACUGUCCCCCUGAAACAGCAGUUCUCCUUGGCUCCUAUGCUGUGCAGGCCAAGUUUGGAGACUACAGCAAAGAUGUGCAUAAGCCUGGAUACCUUAGUUCAGAGCGUCUGAUCCCCCAAAGGGUGAUGGACCAGCACAAACUCUCCAGAGAGCAGUGGGAAGAGCGGAUCCAGGUUUGGCAUGCUGAACACAGCGGCAUGCUCAAAGAGAAUGCCAUGCUGGAAUACCUGAAGAUUGCCCAAGACCUGGAGAUGUAUGGAAUUAACUAUUUUGAAAUCAAGAAUAAGAAAGGAACUGAUCUCUGGCUGGGAGUUGAUGCCCUGGGGCUCAACAUCUAUGAAAAGGAUGAUAAGUUGACACCAAAGAUUGGUUUCCCUUGGAGUGAAAUCAGGAACAUCUCUUUCAAUGACAAGAAGUUUGUCAUAAAGCCUAUUGACAAGAAAGCUCCUGAUUUUGUGUUUUAUGCCCCUCGUCUGAGAAUAAACAAGAGGAUCCUGCAGCUCUGCAUGGGCAACCAUGAGCUGUAUAUGCGGCGCAGGAAGCCAGACACCAUCGAGGUGCAACAGAUGAAAGCCCAAGCCCGGGAGGAGAAGCACCAGAAGCAACUGGAAAGGCAACAACUAGAAAAUGAAAAGAAGAAGAGGGAAACAAUUGAGAGGGAGAAGGAGCAAAUGCUGAGGGAGAAGGAGGAGCUGCUCUUGAGGCUGCAAGAGUAYGAAGUGAAGACUCAGAAGGCAGAGAAAGAGCUCUCGGAUCAGAUCCAAAGAGCUAUUGAGCUGGAGGAGGAGAGGCAACGAGCCCAGGCGGAAGCAGAACGCUUGGAAGCCGAUCGUUUUGCUGCUCUGCAGGCCAAGGAAGAGCUGGAAAGACAGGCUAUUGACCAGAUAAAGAGCCAGGAACAGCUGGCUACAGAGCUCGCAGAGUAUACAGCAAAGAUUGCGCUCCUGGAAGAGGCAAGGAAGCGUAAGGAGACUGAAGUUGAAGAGUGGCAGCUCAGAGCUAAGGAGGCCCAGGAUGACCUGGUGAAGACAAAGGAGGAGCUACAGUUGGUCAUGACAGCUCCGCCUCCGCCACCCCUGCCUGUCUAUGAGCCUGUGAACUACCACGUCCACGAUAACUUGCACGACGAAGGCUCCGAGUACUCUGCCUACAGUGCAGAGUUUUCCAGCGAGGGCAUCCGGGAUGACCGCAAUGAGGAGAAACGCAUUACGGAAGCAGAGAAGAACGAACGCGUGCAGAGGCAGCUGAGGACGCUGACAGAUGAGCUGGCCCAGGCUAGAGAUGAAAACAAGAGGACCCACAAUGACAUUAUCCACUCGGAGAACAUGCGGCAGGGCCGCGACAAGUACAAGACACUGCGGCAGAUCCGGCAAGGCAACACCAAGCAGCGAAUUGAUGAGUUUGAGGCCAUGUAAUACCUUCUUACAGCAAGGCAGGACUGUGGGGAAGGCAGAUCUUAAGGCUGUGUUCUUGUUUGGGGGGGGGUUGCUUUCUUGUGUCUUUUGUUUUUCUUGAGCAGGGGUCACUGUACGAUAUAUUUAUCAACUGUUCUCUAAAUGCAGAGGCUUUUGACUCUCCUCUUUAUCUCCUACCAUCUCCUAAAUGCGGUGUGGUUAAAAAAUUGCCAUUCCACUGAUUUUGGCAACCCCUGCUUAGUGCCAAAAGGCCUUAUGUUGCAUCACCCUUUAAGCAAGGCAAAGGCUGGUAGGCCGUGCUUCUAGUCAAAGAUACAUGUCCUGUGGCAGGUCCUGGAUUCAGUUGGUCUAAAAAUAAGCAAUUGUGGAUGAAUAUUGUGCCAUAUGUCUUUUGUUGCUUUUUUUGUUUGUUUUGGUUUUAGUUAGAGCACGAAGACUGUUGAGAAGAUAGACUGUAGAACUCGGGCUCUGCACGCACCUCUGUGCAUACACACGCGGGUGCCCGCAGCCCCUGUUUGUUGUGUUUGUUUUUCCUCCCUCUCCUUCCCCCUGCACCUCCAAAAAAAGACAACCGACAACACCU